AUGCUUCUCGCUUUUGGAGACGACGAUGAAAUCAGAGCUAGACGAGUUCAAGAAGAACAAGACAGAAACUUUCUCAUGAUCGACACUAUUACCAACACUUUCUCGUUAGGUAAACGAAAGAUUGAUGAUCAUGAUCAGUCCAAGAAUCAAGAAAAGGUUACUGCUUCUUCUUCUUCUUCUUUGAGUUUGGUCGAGUCCAAGAAGCGUCGUGUGGUUGUGUCCGAUGACAAACCCAUCAGAGCAGAACCUAUUAGAGAAAUCAAACCUCCGGUUAAGGAAAGAAAGGGACCGGUUAAGCAAAAGGAACCGGUUAGAAGAGAGCUUGGAGUGACUCCAGGAUGGUUAGUUGAGCUGAUGAGGAGAAAGAAGGGUGUAGAUGCGAAGCUGGUGAUAGAGAAGGUGAUUACAAAGAGUGAUCUAAAACCAGAACAAGGUCGUUUCUUGAUACCCUUUAAACAGAUAACAGAGGAUGACUUCUUGAACGAGGCAGAGUUGAACAUUGUAGAGGAGUAUUACAGUGGAGAUGGUGAGAAAGGAGUUGAUGUGAUCUUGUUGAAUAGUAACGAUGCUGAGAAGAAAUGGAACGCUAACCUUAGGGUAUGGAGGAUGAAGUCCAGUUUCAACUACGCCUUAUGUUCUGGUUGGAACCUGUUCGUCCGAGAAAAUGACAUAGAGGUUAACCAAACUCGUCGCCUCUGGUCCUUUCACUCUCGAGAUGGGAAGCUCUUUCUUGCUUUCGAUCCUCAACCACAAUAUCAAGAUCAAGAUGAGGCUAUGGCUCUUAUACAUGAUGCUACAUCUUCAUCCAUGUCUCCGGAUGUAACUAGAGAUUCUUACAAUCCGUUUGUGUGUGAAGAGACAAACAAGAGACUUUAUCCGUUUACAAAGAGAAGGAGAACUCUUCGUGUUUGUGUUCGAAUCAUAACAAGAGAUUCUGGCAACUUAUUCGAGGGUUUGGAGGUAAACAGAACACAGCCUGAAGAGUGCACGGAGAUGGCUCCUAAUGUCGUGGCUGUACAAGAGACAAUGAUGGAUCCUGAACUCCGGUUGUGA